AUGCUCCAAACUCGUGUCAUCCUCAUCCUUCUUCUGCUCUCCGUCAGUUAUUACGGUAAGCCGUGUUCUCGUGUUCAGCAAAAUUUUUUUUCAAGUUCACACGGCCGCCUCGUCGCUCGGACGGAAUCGGACGGCGUGUCUCGAGUACGUGAACGAAUUGCGGCGGCAAGUGGCCGAGUGGUACGGUGUGGCCGAUAUGAACAGACUGGUGAGUGGUCCGCAACAGGGGUGUGCGGAAAAUUUUUUUCGGAAAAUUUCGGAAAAUCGGUUUUUCCGAAUUUUUUUUUUUCGGAAAAUUUCGGAAAAAUCGGAAAAAUCGGAAAACUCACUUGUUCAUUGGUUCAAUAAAGUGUUUAAACAACGUUCUAAUACAAAAAAAUGCUUAUUAUGAUUUGAAAUCACUUGAGUGGGCGGAAGCCAAGCAAUGGAAUAUUUUUUUGCAAAAAAAUUAGCCGAGAGAAGCUCUCCGGGUCCAGUGUUUUCCGAUUGUCAGUGAGAAUGAGACGCGCGGUUGAAAAGAGUCGAAAGAAAUUGCGUAAAAUUUAAAAAUCAAAUUUAAAAAAAGACGCUCGCUGCUAGACCCUUCCAAAAAUUUUGUGAUGCGCCUUUAAAAAGCAUACGGUGGUUUCGGACAAAUUGACCUUGAAUCCACACUAAUUUUCCGAAAAUUUUGCCGAAAAUUUUCGGAAAAUUUUCCGAAAAUUUCUCGGAAAAUCGGAAAAUUUCGGAAAAUCGAAAUAUUUUCCGCACACCCCUGGUCCGCAAACACCGCCACGACAAAGUGCACACUUUUGCAAGCUACAGUAAUCCGUGUCAGGUGUACGACGAGGAGAUGGAGAUGGAUUUCGGCAACGGUCUUCCGAUGUGCCCCCAAAAAACGGAUUUGGCGUCCGGCAAGCACUUUGUGAUGGUCAAAUACGAGCGCAACGAACGACGGCACAUGCAAUGGCUGACGAUUCCGGCGCAGACAAAGUUGGCGUGCAUUGAGGGCGAGUGCGGCGACAAACGGCAUGUGACCGUACUCGUUUUGGACAAACCGUGAGUUGUGAACGCGUCUGGCGACGAAAAUGACGGAGAUUUGCAGAAAAAACACUGAAAAAGUGGUGGUCGGCACGAAAUGCGCGUCUGGAGAGCACGCGAACGGACUGUGCAUUGUGAAAGAGCCGAAACCGCGCGCCGCACGAUCCUUCUUUUCGUCGUUUUGGCGUUGA